UUCUCCUCUCCUCUGGCGACCGAGAAGAAGCUCUACCAAACACCCAUGAAAACAGUCAUCGACCUAUCUGAUCGCACCAGAUCCUGCUUGUAGAACAGUCGUCUGCCUCUCCAAGAAUAGUCGUCCUCCUGUUUUCCGUUCAUCUGCACCGAAAAGGGGUGAGACAGGCUUAGGUCGUGAUACAUUGACUGGAGCUAUAUCUGCAUCUGAUGAGUGGUGGACCAAGAAAUUGGAGGUAAAUGAAUUGCUUAAUGUACAUAUUCUGUUUGUUUUUUGUUUAAAUAGACCAAAUUUUGUUACUUGAAAUUGUUAAAUUUUCCUUUGUACUUGUUGCAAAGGUAUCUUGAUGCUACUAAAUUUCGGCGUAUGCCAUUGCAAUUCACUGAAGACUUAGACAUAUUAUUCUCAGAUGCAGCAGCUACAGGAGAAUGGGCAUACACUCCUUGCUCAGGGGUUAUGCCUCACACUGAUGAGACUCUGAAGGAAUUUCAUACCCCACAUGAUGUUGAAUUUUAUGAUGAUGCUGAUUUGGAGGUGGUUCAUCCUUCCGAGUUAAACAAAAAACGUCCAUCAAACACUGAUGGUUCAUCAACCACGAGCAAGACAAAGAAGAAAUUUACUAGUGCAGCUCUACUUAACAAGACGCUUGAUCGUAUAGUCAAUGUGGUUGAGUCAUCUUCAACUACUUCAACACAGACCUCAUCAAGAUAUCCUUCAAUUGCAGAAUGUUUUGCGAAGUUGGAAAGCAUCCCUGGUGUGUUCCUGAAUGAUAAGCUGUAUGUAUGGGCUGCCAGAUUGUUCUUACGAGACAAGCACCGUAAGUGCUUCAUAACUCUUCCUACGGAUGAAGUUCAACUGAGGUUUCUAAAGUUGGAGAUUGAGAUAGAGAAGACCACCACAGGUUAUCGUGGCUAAUUGUUUCUGAAGUUGGAUGUUUCUGAAUUUUCUAAUUAUUUCAUGUUUAAGAAUUUUAUUAUUAAUUGUGGACUGUUGUGUUAGACUCAUUAUUUUUUUUUUUAUUAAUAUUGACUAUGUUAGACUGCUAUGUUGGACUCAUUUAUUUGGACUUUUAUUAAU